UCGUGGGCUGCUGCUUCGACUCCCCUUUCCCCGUGAGCGAGUGUAACCUAGCCGCCGCCGCCCACGCUCGCCGCCGCCGGUGCCGCCGCUGGAGGACGACAACCUGCUCUCUGAGAUCCUCCUCCGACUCCCCCCAGAUCCGUCCUCCCUCCCUCGCGCCUCCCUCGUCGCCAACCGCUGGCUCGGCCUCGUCUCCGACCCCGGCUUCUCCCGCCGCUUCCGCCUCCACCACCACCGUAACCCCCCUCUUCUCGGUUUCUUCGAGAGCUCGCACUUCGAACCUACAAUGGAUUCCCCCAAUCGUGUCCCGGAAGGUCGCUUCUCCUACGAGCACACCGGCAACGGCUGCUUCAUACCCUUCGGGUGCCGCCAUGGCCUCCAACUCAUCUUCCACCAAUCAGGGAAGCAGCUCCAUGUGCGGGACCCGUUCAACGGCGACAAGCGCCGCCUACCCGUUCCCCCGGGGUUCGAUGGCUGGGAGACCCCGAUCAGCGGAGCGGUGUUUCGCGCUGCCGGAGACAUCCAACACUUCCAGGUGGUCUUGGUAGGCACCGAGAGAAACAACCAACAUCAUACACGGGUAAUCGCCCGCGUCUACUCAUCGGAGACUGGCAUAUGGGGUAAUCUCAUGUCGACACCGCUUCCACCCAAGGCUUCGAGUUCUAUGGACCAACAUCCCACCAAGAUUAGAAUGUGGUUUACUAUCAGUGUGCUAGUUGGGCAUUCCCUUUACUGGUUGCUCACUAAUAUAUCGGCAGCAACCAACAUGUUGGAUGGCAUCCUUGAGUUUGAUUUGGAGAGGCAGACUCUAGCUGUGAUACCAGUGCCGGUGGAUAUUGCCAAUAAUUGUCUUAGCCAAUUUCAGGUUAUGCAGGCAGAGGGUGGUGGACUUGGUAUUUUCUUUCUAUCAAAAUUCAGUGCCCAACUAUGGAAGAUGGAGACUGAUUCUGAUGGUGUUGCUUCAUGGGUGCUGGGAAGAACUGUUGAACUGGACAAGCCACUUUCCCUGAAUCCAGAAGAGGAAGAGUCCCUAAUUAUAGGGGGGUUUGCUGAGUACAAUAAUGUUGUGUUCCUACAGACACCUACCAACUUCUUCAUGGUCCAGCUUGAGUCACUGCAGUUCAAGAAAGUUUCCAAGAGCAACAGCUUGACUCGCUAUGAUCCGUUUGAAAGUGUCUAUGUUGCAGAAUACCCCCUUGUAGGCACGGGUAUUGAUGGUGGACAUGAUGGAGCUGAAUUUUUUCGUAAUACGUAAGAUGAUUGAUCAGAUGGAUAUGCUACUCUGAUGUUUUAACUGAGUAUUAUGAAGAGGUGCAGAGAUGGGUUGCUGGGGGCGUAGCUUCUUCCGUUCCGUUUAGCCGAGAUGCAGAAAUGGCUUGUUGGGGGUGUCCUUUUGGUGUGCUACACAUGGAAAUUGAUCCUCUUCGUUCUACUUAGCGCACGCUGGUGAACCGUGCAGUGGACUUGUAUGGAUUUACAUAGUUUGCCUGUCCGCAUCUAUUAUUAUGUCGAACUUUUAUCUGGUACUGGCUAAUGAAUGUUAAUUCCGAACUGCAACUACUUGCCUGGUAUCAUUUCAUUUCCCUUUUCUUUUAGAUGCGCUGGCUGAUGGAUUGGGUAUGUCUCAAGUAAGUAUUUCAUGAGUUUUUAUCUCAUCAUUCCGAUGAAAAAAAGGCUAGCCUCUGAUUUGAAGAAAUAUGAUGCCCCACGCUUUUGGUUAUUGCGAUCCGGACAGGGAUAGGCAAAUCUCGAUAACAGUCUGUACUUUGAGAUUCAUAGACUUCUGCAUGGGCGGUGUUCAUGUAGGAAAGCACAUUUUGUAGUUGAUGCUAGCUUUGUCUUAACAUCCUUUUUAUUCUUUCAGAAGAACCAGUUACUGUUGCUGUGACACCGGUUGGCUCUGCAAUGUGAUCCGCGCACCACGGUCGACGACUUGAUGGCCUGGAGCUUAACGGUGACUCUAGUUGUUGUACUUGUACCCUUAGAUGAUACUACCUCUGAACCAAAAUAUAAGACGUUUUUCCUAUGUCUUCCCCUCCUGGCUGCUCGAAGCUCAGGUUCAGAACCUUUGUGCCGGCGAAUUGCGAAAAGAGCCGGAACACGCUGCCCUUUCUCAGAUUUCAGAUUGCUGGCGGCGGUGGUAGGGAGAGCCUCCAGCGUGUCCUGACAUGGAUGGGAGACAAGCUGGUGAGUAAGCUAGAAUUUUGAUAUGUGCCAGUUCUGUCUGCAAAAUAUUUCAUCCGGUUUCUGUCUGCUAAAGUGACUCGAGCAUCAGGGGAGCUACUGCCAUUUUGGGUGAUUUUAAUUUUUCAGGUUUCCAGGUGCACAAGGUAUAUUGUUUCUAGCAGCAGGAUGGAUUCUUGUUCAGGCAGUUCUUCUAUCCUCUCUGCUACUAGCUCAGGCCCUGCAUCUCAAAAUCAGACAGUCGUUAAUAACUGAAUUCUAAGAUGAGCUUAGCUUGCUGCUGGGCAUCAGUCAUGUUUUCUGAUAAGCUAGGCUGGUGCUGCUUCUAUUGUUUGCUUCUCAGUCUAUGUGUAUCUGAUCUUUUCUAGAUGUAGUUCAUCUGGUUGACCUUUGGUCAACCUAUCUUUGCUAGCAUUUAACAGCUCCUUUUCUUUGGCUGUUUCCCCUUUCCCUUUCUCUUUUCAAGCCAUAUGUACUCUCUCUUGUACUGUUGUUAUGAGCUGUUAAUGAUAUUGGGCACCUCUUGGUGCCUUGUUCUGU